AUGCCUCCCUCAGUGCCUAGUACAUGGCUACCCUUACACAGCGGCCUUCCCACAUCCCGGAAUUGCCUUCGAGAGUCCAAAUCGGGACGAACAAGCAAAGAUCCUGCCACUGAUGCUGGUACUAGCCCGUGUGUAAAUGCGUGUGAGUGCAAUACGAGCCAAUGUGUGCCGUCCUGCACGGGAGCCAUGGUCUUGUUCGCAGACAUGGAUACAGGUCGCAUUGAGUACAAACACACACCCUCGGCGUAUACUAACACUCACCACACCACGGACGGGGUGGGGACCGCCGCCCACGGCCACGCCGUUGCCAUAGCAACUGACAACGCCGAACGGGCCCAGCCCGCUGGGCUGGGGGGGUGCGGCAUUCUCGCGGACGAAAUGGGGCUGGGCAAAACCUUAGAAUUGAUAGGGAUCAUCCUGAGCAAUCCACGACCCCCUACGACCAUGCUACGCAACCAGUUGCUUGAUGCGCUGGUCACCGAUGUGACAGGACCAG